AUGGUUGAAGCAGCCGAAGAAGCAGCCGGCGGAGAGGAUCCAGCGGGGGAGGACGAUGCAUUGGUAGCGGCGCUGGAGGGUGUGAAAUAUGACGGACCUGUAUCCCCGUGCGACAACUGCCACAUCACGAAGCACAAGAAGGCUCCCGUCCCGAAGAAGACCAGCCGUGCCCUGACCAAACCAGGCCAACUCGUCCAGUUCGACAAUAUGGGACCAAUCGACCCGCCUGCGAAGUACAACGGACGCACCUACUCCUACGUCGCCAAAGCGACCGACGUCUUUACCAGAAUGCGGGAAGUGGAGUCUGCGAUCAAGCUGGAAUUCGCCGCGACCAACACGCCCCAAGAAAUCGGAGGGUCAGAAAGGGAUGGCCAGAUACUUGCGGCUCUAACCCGAGCUCUACUGCGCCAUGGAGACUUCCAAAAACACAUGCGGGGGGAGCUCAUGAUGACUGCAGCAUACCUGACCAACAGGACCCCACACGCUGCGCUAGGGGGAGCCACGCCGUAUUCCAAGGUGUACAACACAACCCCGGGCCUUUGUCGACUUCGUGCCAUCGGCGCCCGCGCGUUCGUUCAUCACGAGCGAUACAAGAAGAAGCUAGACCACCGGGCCUUUGAAGGCAAGCUCUGCGGUUACGGACCUGACAGCAAGACGUACCGGAUCUACGUGGAGGACAAAGACAAGGUCUUCGAGAGCCGGAACGUGACUUUCAUCGAGACUCCACCCGACGCCAUCCCCACUCACCGGUGGGACAAUCGUCUCGGAUAUGAACAGGACGUGACGAACUUCACGUCAUUGCUCGGACACGGUACCUCUACGGGCGACGAAGACAACAAAGUGGACUACGGAACACAAUCAGAGCUCCUGCUGCACGAGAUGCGCAACAUGCAGCAUGACAACAUCGACCGAGCAGAACUUCGCCAAAACAACGCGGGCACGGAUUCCGACAAUUACUUUGCUGCUGGGGGAGCUGACAGCAACCACAACCCGCGGACUACGACACCAUCCAGGAUAUCGCAGGACACGACACUCGAAUCACCCACGACGCCAACAGAAACGGACUCUGCUUCACCAGCCCCGAUCCCAAUGGGUCGAUUAACGGUGACCCGUCCUGCCACGCGCACUCACCAACUCACAGAUGACCCUAUCAACCCUUCAUGCAUCCCGAAAUCUCUGGAAGUGAGCAUGAACGACAGAAGUCACUCGACCAUGACUGUCAGCCACCCCGACCCACUGGAGCUCACCGAGGAUCAACUACUCGAUCUCACCCACCAAGCGCAGCAACGAUGCCCUACUGACGCGGCGGAUUUUGCUCCCCUGGAUGAAGACCCCUUCACCGAAGUCCGGGCGUAUGCUUUCCUCACGGGCACCUCGAGCAAAGGGUUCUUGGGGGAGACAUUCCUGAACGCGUACGCCGACAGAGACGUCUACGUCAGGCCGGCGCCAGGCGACGAGGAGAGGGACCCUACGACAGGUGAGAUGAUGGUCUACAAACUGGAGAGAAGUCUGUACGGCCUGACACAGUCCCUGUGGAACGACGCCAUCAAUGACAGACUCAUCAUCUUCGGCUGGCAGCGCACUCACUCUGACCCCUGUGUCUACAUCUUCGUAAGCGGGGACGAACUCACAAUCCUCGCGAUCUACGUCGAUGACAUCCUCAGCACGGGCGGAAACAACGAGAUCGCAAACCCGGUCAGCACCCCCGGGUAUGGAGCAGAACUAUCAACCGAGCAGCCUCAAGACCAACUACUCGGAACCGAGGACAAGCAGAGAUUCCAGGCCAUCACCGGGAGUCUCCUGUACCUUGCCCAAUGCACCCGCUACGAUCUGUCAUACGCAGUGCACCAACUGACACGGGCAUGCGCAAACCCAGCACAGGUCCACAUGGCUGCGGCCAAGCACCUACUACGGUACCUACGCGGAACGCCGGACCUGCCGAUCGUGUACAAGAAGGGGCAGUUCAGACUCUCGUGCUUCACUGACUCGUCAUUUGGAGCCAACCCAGACAACCGCAGGUCUCCCACCGGAUACCUGUUCUCCCUAGGAGGGGGACUGAUCAGCUACGGAGCCAAGGCACAGACUCUCGCAGCACAGAACACCGUGGAGGCCGAGCUUCAAGCGCUGAGCUUCAGUGCUCGCGAGGCAGUCUACAUCUCCAACUUCAUGACGGAAAUCGGAUUCAAGACCUUUCGAUCGGUACCCAUCAACAGCGACAGCACCGGAGCAUUGACUGUGGCCAGCAACGCGAUGUUCAGCUCUAGAACCAAGCACAUCGCGCUCCGGUUCUUCUUUCUUGGGGAACUCACGAAGAGGCACCGGAUCACUCUUCACCACCAACCUAGUGCCACGAUGUUGGCGGACAUCGCGACGAAACAUCUCCCGAAGUAGCGAUUCGCCACCAUCAUGCAACUCAUCAAGGACUACAAGUUCUAGAAGAUAUUGAGCACAAGAUCGUAUAGUAUGGUUGAAUGUUUUGAACGCGUGUAUUGCUCA